CUUUUUUCAAUUUCAACCCCCGCUGAGCUGCAUCCCUUGUUAUCGGUCUACUGAGAAAGUGGUGUUCCUGUUAUCUUAGGCAAGCCGAAGUGGAGCUUCUAGAGCCUCCCACAUGUCUCCGAUAGGAGGGGUAAGAACGAGAGCCCCGCCGAGCUCAAUGACUCAGAUCGGCGAGAUGUCGUGAUUUACAAUCGGUGUCCGAUUCCGGCGAGCCUGUUAUUAUAUCGGUCCUAAUAUUUUUCAAACAUUGAAUUCACUGUGAAUCUUCCCCUUCUAGCUUUAAUUGCUCCAUCCUCUAUCUUCACUAUAUUGCUUGCUUUUUCAUUGAUUCCGCUCGGUUAUUGUCAAAAUGGCGACAUCUGCUCGAGACAUAAAUACACGCCGAGAUCUCAACGUCUCUCAGAAUACGAACCUUUCCACAUCCCCAACGGCAUCCUUCCAGUCUGGACCCUCGAGUCACGGAGGGUCUGCAUUUGCAGGCCGCACGAUUCCUUUACCCAAUGCAAAGCAUUUAAAACCUUUCGCUACAGAGGACAUCAAGGUUUUGCUCUUGGAGAACGUAAACCAAACUGGCCGCGAUAUUCUUACGGGACAAGGCUAUCAAGUCGAGUUCCUCAAAUCCUCUCUGCCGGAGGAUCAAUUAAUAGAGAAGAUACGUGAUGUGCAUGUGAUUGGUAUCCGCUCGAAGACAAAGCUCACAUCCCGCGUCCUCAAGGAAGCUCGCAAUCUAAUCGUCAUUGGGUGUUUCUGUAUUGGGACUAACCAGGUCGACCUUCAAUACGCGGCCGAGCAUGGCAUUGCAGUGUUCAAUUCUCCCUUCAGCAACUCUCGAAGUGUGGCCGAAUUGGUCAUAGCUGAGAUUAUUGCCCUCGCCCGUCAGCUAGGUGACCGCUCCAUGGAGAUGCAUGGCGGUACUUGGAAUAAAGUAAGCGCUAAAUGCUGGGAAAUCCGUGGGAAGACUUUGGGAAUCAUCGGCUAUGGUCAUAUCGGCGCGCAAUUGUCUGUUUUGGCCGAGGCAAUGGGCAUGUCGGUCAUCUUCUACGACGUCUUGAAUUUGAUGGCACUGGGUACUGCCCAGCAAGUGCCGACGCUGGAAGCCCUUUUGUCCAAGUCUGACUUUGUUACGUGCCAUGUCCCUGAACUACCAGAGACGAAGGACAUGAUAAGCUCACAACAAUUCGAGCAAAUGAAGCCUGGGGCUUAUUUGAUCAAUGCUUCCCGAGGAAGUGUUGUGGAUAUUCCCGCCCUCAUCCACGCAAUGCGUUCUGGUAAGAUUGCGGGAGCUGCCCUCGAUGUUUACCCGAAUGAGCCUGCCGGCAAUGGUGACUAUUUCAAUGAUGAUCUUAACACUUGGGCCUCGGAUCUCCGUGGUCUCAAGAACGUGAUAUUGACCCCACACAUUGGAGGUAGCACCGAAGAAGCGCAGAGUGCCAUAGGCGUCGAGGUAGGACAAGCUUUAGUGCGAUACGUCAAUGAAGGAACAACUCUUGGAGCCGUCAACCUCCCUGAAGUCACUCUUCGUUCACUUACAAUGGAGGAACCCAACCAUGCCCGGGUCAUCUACAUUCAUCACAACGUCCCUGGAGUUCUGCGCAAAGUGAAUGAGAUUCUCGGGGACCAUAAUGUUGAUAAACAAAUGACUGAUAGCAGAGGCGAUGUGGCCUAUCUUAUGGCUGAUAUCAGUAACGUCGACAAUGCCACCAUCAAGGAAUUGUAUGAAAGACUAGAAAGCUUGUCCUCCCGAAUCAUGACCAGAAUAUUGUACUAGGCUCUUGCACAGCUCAGAAAAUAUUCACCCAACUUCGGGAAUCCUGCAGGACUCCAAGUCCGGACCAUGUGUAUUGAGGAGUAUUGAGGAGGAUCCAUUUCAUGGUUGGACAGUGCCAGUCUUGUGUGCUCAAGAGGACAAAACAGUAAAUAGAGAAGGAGAUAGAGAAGGCAAAAAGGGGAGAUUUUUGAACAUCACUGGAAUCAACGAACAUAGUCUAGUUUGAAUUCCUUUGUUGGCAUCUCGUCUACAGUCGACCUGCCCUAAACGUGAUCAUGGAUUCCAUCCCAACUUCCCACGUACGCUGGCGCGA